UUAUAUAUUUUUAAUAAAAAAAAGUCAUUACAUCAUAUUUUAAAAGUCGAAAUGCAACUCUGUGAUCACACUCACCAUGAAUUUUUAUACUGCUGUGAAAUUCGGCAUGAUUUUGUACCACGUGACAUAUUUGCUUAUCGUUUUAAUCACAAACCGUGUUAAACAUGAGUUUUUUCUUUCGAAAAACAGUCUGCUAUUAAAACACUGUUCACAGCUCGUGUGGUCUGUUAACAAAUAUGUGAAUCCACAUCGGCUCACUGCCAGUGGUUGUUGUUGCUGUUUCGUAUUUCAAUAAUGGCGCCUCGUAGCCUUUUUCUGGUGUUGAUUGUGUUGAGCGCUGGACAUUCCAUUUUAUGUCUAGAUGAGCAUGAUGCAAGCGAGGUAUCUGGCGAUGUUGACGCAUUAGCAGAAGCCGAUGACACUCAAAGUGAUGAUGUAGACGAACAAGGAUCGAGUGAUAAUGGCGAGUACAAUGUUCAUGUCGAAAUACACGUAAGAAACGGCGAGUCGAAAAACAAGAAAAAGACAAAAUCGAUUCGACAAGGUUUGAAAGAACUUCAGGUUGCCAAAGAAGCACUUCCUGUUCGUAAUAAAACACAGGAAUUACAUGAAAAAGCAAAGAAAUUGUUAGUACAACUAGUUAAAACGUUAAAAAAUAAAACGAAGUAUCAAAAGAAAAUGAAUGAAAAGGAGAGUGACACGCACAAGAUAGAGCAAGACGAUUUUAUGCAGUUGAAUGAUGCUCAAAGUGAAAAAAAUGACGACAACAACAAAAAUGCUGACACUUUAAGUGAAAAUAUACAAAAAGAAAACGUAACUAAGGAUAAAACCGAGAAUGAUACGAAAAAAUACGCAGCCGAAGAAAGUGGAAACCAAAUAGAACAAAACGAUUCCUCCCAAAAAAUGAGGAGUGAAAAGAAAAAUCGAGAAAAACUCAAAAAUGAGAAUUAUGAAAACUUUAAAAUGCAGAGCGAAAACCAUUAUCAUGAAAAAACGGAACAGACGACAACACCCUCGCCAGCAACAACAACAACAACAGAAGCAACAACAGAAGCGACGACGACGACGUCAUCAACAACGACAUCAACGUCAACAACAACAACAGCGACAACAGCAAAAAAUACACCUGUAAGAGAGAUCAGUAUAAACCUUGGCAACGCUAAAUCCAAAAAUAAAUUUGAAGAUAAAACAUUACAAAUUAUUAUAAAGGAUAAAACUGAGUCAGGUGAUGGCUUUCAACUCCCAAGCAAAAGCGAACAGAAGGCACCAGAAAAGGUCGACAAAGGAGUGGAAGAGUCUACCAAGUCAACCGAACAAGCAGCUGAUCAGUCGAGUAAAAAAUAUAAGAAAGACAAUGAGGACACUGGGAAAGCAAUCAAAGAUUUCAGUCACUCUGAGGUAGGUUCAGGAGAUGAUAUGAGUGGAGAUGAAGAAGAAGGAGAUGAUGAGGCUGAUGGUGAUGGGGACGCUGAUGAGGACGAGGACGGAAGUGGAGAUGAUAUUGACGAGGAGGAACAAGAUGGCAGCGAUACAACAUCAUCCAAUAUCAAUCACAAUAUUGCAAGUACCAUCACCGGAAAAACAUUGACGAUGGACUUCCAGGAGAACACAAAUUUGUUAGGGAGCGAUACUCAAAUAAAAAAGGAGCCACCUUUACCUAACAUCUCCGAAAAGAAAAACGAAAUGAGUGAAAGUGAAGGAGUUAAGGAGAAAGUAAAGCUAACGGAUGGAAACUCUGGCAAACUUUUGCAUGAUAAAACAGUCAUCCAAAGAUUAUUCAACGACAGCUUGUUUGAGCAAGCUGCUACGAAAGAAAAUUUUGAUUUGGAUGUAAAUAAAAAUAUUGAGAAUUCUCAUCAAGCUUCAGCUGACAACAAUGAAGAAAAUGUUAAGAAAACCACGUCUCCUGAACAGAACGAUCUGUACGUAGACACCAACGCGAGAAAAAGAGAUGAAAUUGGAACAAAAAAAACAUAUAAACAACGUCGAAAUGAGCUAGAACUUAAAGUUGGAGGAUAUCCUAAUAUUCAAGAUGAUUCUGCAUCUUUAUUGUUAAAAAAAGGUAAAAUUGCAAAAGCGCCUAGUAACAUUUUAACGACUACAAAGGGUAGCGUUCCAAUGAUGAAAAAAUCGAAAGAGGCCACGAGUAAGAACAAAAACAGACGGCAUCUAAAAACUGACGCCUCGGGUGCAAGUAAAGGGAUAAAAAACGGAAAGAAAACAAAAGGAAUUGGCAAACACAGCUUUCACCCGAAAACCUUUUUUAAGCAUUUAAAGAAAACGGAACAUCCGGUUGUUGGUGACAAGAGAUUAAACAUACCUUUUGAUGGAGAAUAUCAAAAUUUUGACUCAAACCUUGAUUCCACAGAAGCAUUAUACAAAUCAGCAACCAACCCUAAUGCAUUCACAGUUCCACAGUAUGGAGAUAACAAUGACCAAUGGUCAGAAUCUGAAGUUGAAGAAAUGAGCAGCAUGAUGGGAGAAAAGUUGUCUGCACCAAAAACAGAAGUGGUACCUCCAGAUCUUGAAAACAUGGAAAUACCAAAAGAAGAUAAUAUCCCUAUAAACGAACAAAAAGAGGUUUUGCAACAACUCAAAGGUUUCGUGACUGAAAAUCCUCAAGAGGAUAUUGGUUUGCAGAAAGGGAACUUCAUCGAAGAAAUAACUGGACAGCAUAUAGGUAUGCAAACAGGUAACAUACCAAACGAGAAUUAUGCAUUGCCAGACAAUGCUCCAAAUAAAGUCAAUGCACCUCAAAGCGCUCCGACACCAGAUUUAAACCCUACAGAAGAAUUUCAACCUUACCAAGACGCAGAAACAAAAGAAAGAAUUUUGGCUCACAAAAAGAAAGCGUAUGAUCAAGCUUUUCAAAAUGAGAUCAAACAAGCUGAAAUAAAGUAUGAAGAAAUGGAGAAGAAACAAGAAGAUGAAGAAAUGAAAUUAAGAAAUGAAAGAUACGAAGGAAUGAAGCAAUCUGCAGGUGAACAGAGGUCUCAUCAAGCUAGCAAGCAUUUAAAAGGACGAAAAAUUUUAACACCAGCUCACCAAGAUGUGAUUGUGAAGUUGACUAAAAGAAGAAAGGAUUCUAAUAUAAUAAACGAAGAUGAACUGGAGUUGUCCCGAAGAAAUAUACUCGCAGGGAGAGACGAAAACAGCACAAAACGCAAAGUUAUUGGAGAGGAGCAGAAAGACAGGCCUCAAGAUUUUGGUAAAAAGGGAGCUCUUCUUACUGAAAGUAUGAACGAGCAAAUUCAGGAAAAGGUUGAGAAGGAAAUGAGCGAUGCAGAGGGCAUGUUGAAUAACGUUAAAAGAAGAACUGCCAGCCGAAGCAAUCGCGUUGUUGUGAAUGAUGACGGCGAUUUAAAUACAUCAAAAAGACAUCAUAUAUCAUAAAUAAACUUUUAUGUAAAAAGGUUUUUAAUACUUUUAUAGAAAUAGAAAUAAAUAACAAA